AUGGACGCAUUGCGCAAGGUUUAUCAUAGCGCCGUCCAAAUUCCCUUGGACAACGUCGAGCGACUCUGGCAAGAACUCGAAGCAUUCGAGGUAAAUCUCAACAGGAUCACCGCUAAAAAAUUCAUGGCCAACCUCUCACCAGCCCACAUGCAAGCUCGUACUGUCCUCCGUCACCAUGCCCUGUACCCUCUAUCAUCCAAUGUCAUAUUUCUGCCUCCGUUACCCAGGUUUGACGCAUCAGAACGGACGCUUGUUGGCAAGUGGAAAGCGUAUCUGAAGUGGGAGGAGAGUAAUCCUCUAGAGAUUGAGGAGAAGGAGAAGGCAAUGCUGUUCACUCGGAUCCAGGGUGUUUAUCGCAAGGCUGUCAUUCGCAUGAGGUAUUACAGUGAAAUCUGGUUCAUGGCGUAUACGUGGACGAAUAGCGUGGGCAACUACCGGCUCACCUUUGCCUACGCUGAGGCUCUAGCGCUCAAGAAAGAUUUCGCCGAGGUUCACACCCUCUACGACAAGUUUCUUGAAACGCUACGUGGUCAACUCGAAGCACUCGAACAGUCCUCAGCAGCAGCAAACACAUCCUUAUCAAAUGGGAGUGGUACCAUCAACGGAAACACAGCGGCGGCAGCACUCCCUGCCAGCACUUCCUCAGCAAUCACGGAAGCUGGCAUGUAUUCCAACAACACGUCGUUCAGCUCCCAAGCCUCUGAAGAGAAGCCACCAAAGUCGACUGAGGUCCAGGAACGCAGGAUCGAGUAUGGAUUAGCUUAUAUCAUGUACAUUCGUUUCGCACGACGAGCAGAAGCUUUGAUGGAGCACCAUUGUUCUGAUGACAAGUCCGUCACAAGUCGUAUAUUUGAGACAGGCCUGAACACGUUUGGUGAUGAGAUCGAGUUUGUGAUACGCUAUCUUGGUUCUUAA